AUGAUAAAAGAUAAAUCUCCGAUUUAAAAAGGAAACUAUAUCAUUUUAAGAGAUAAACUGAUAGGAAAAGGAAGGCAUUCCUUCAUUUAUGAUUGCGUCAAUGAGCUUGAUAAAUAAACUCAAUAUUGUGCUAAAAUAUUUUUCAAUACUUCAAUCCCAAGAACUUUGAAAAUUGAUAACCUAAAAAACAUUAACAACGUAAAUCUCUUGAAAUAUUAUGAAAUAUUUGAACACAACAAGGAUGUUAUCAUUAUUAUGGAAAGAUGUGAUGGUAACCUAAAAGCAAUUAUUGACAAAUAACCUCUAACUGAAAUGGAUACAUAUAAAUUUUUAAGGCAAUUCUUAGGAGGGUAUUAAACAAUAAUUGAUGUUGAUUUAGAUUUGAGAGAAUUGAAACCUGUAAAUAUUUUAGUUAAGAAUAACGUUUAUAAAAUAUCCAAUUAUGGUAUAUCAUCUUUGUAUAAGGCAGUAGAAGGGGAAACUAAAGCAUUCUCUGCUCCAGAGAUAUUUUAUGAAAAAGAACAAACUAGAAUUAAGGAUAUAUUUUCACUUGGAUUAGUCUCAUAUUUUGCUUUUUACAACUAAUUACCUUAUGCAUAUCGAAGUGCAGUUGAUCAAGUAGCAUUCUUUAGAUAAAUCAAGCAAAUUGACUUUGAAAUAAAGAAUGAAGGGCCUCUAAAGUUGAAACAAUUAUUACAGUCAAUGAUCAUCUAUGAUCCAUCAAAAAGAAUUAAAAUUGAAGAGUUAUAGUUGUAAUUGGACAUGGACAAUAAUAUGAUAUGAUUAUAUUAUCUUUAAUAGAUUAUAUAUAAUAUUUUCAAUUA